CGGGCGGGGCUCGCUUCUGCAGCAGAGCCUCCACAACAUCAUCACUGCUCCCGGUACCACUACUGCACACAGUACUACUACUGCUGCUCCUAGUACUGCAUCCAGAACCGGAGCGGACCCAGUGUGAGCCCCGGAGCACCGACCCGCCCGCCGCUUCCUACGAGCCCAUUGGACGAAGAUACAGAAUGUUUGCCGGCGUGUCCGGGCGGAUCCAGAAGGACCGUCAGCGUGCCGAGGGUCUGGGCUCGGUGCAGCAGGCCGUACGCUACCAGAACCAGGACUACCAGGCCCUGAAGGACCAGUGUCUGCAGACCGGGUCCCUGUUCCAGGACCCGGCGUUCCCCGCAGAGCCCGCCUCUCUGGGCUUCAAGGAACUCGCUCCGUUCACCGCCAAGACCAGAGGCGUGGAGUGGAAAAGACCCACGGAGCUGACAGAGAACCCUGAAUUCAUUGUGGGCGGAGCCACGAGGACAGACAUUUGUCAGGGAGCGCUGGGAGACUGCUGGCUGCUCGCUGCCAUCGGUUCUCUGACUCUGAACGAACGUCUGCUGCAUCGCGUCGUUCCUCACGGUCAGAACUUCGGCCACGAUUACGCCGGCAUCUUCCACUUCCAGUUCUGGCAGUUUGGGGAGUGGGUGGACGUGGUGAUUGACGACCGUCUGCCGGUUAAAGAUGGAGAGUUGCUGUUCGUCCACUCGGCCGAGGGGAGGGAGUUCUGGAGCGCUCUGCUGGAGAAAGCCUACGCCAAGCUGAACGGCUCGUAUGAGGCUCUGUCCGGCGGCAGCACCACGGAGGGUUUCGAGGACUUCACCGGCGGUGUGUCGGAGAUGUACGAGCUGAAGAAAGCUCCCCGAGAUCUUCAUCGUAUCAUCAGCAAAGCUCUGGAGAGAGGAUCGCUGCUGGGCUGCUCCAUCGACAUCACAAGCGCCCUGGACAUGGAGGCGGUGACCUUUAAGAAGCUGGUGAAAGGCCACGCCUACUCUGUGACCGCACUCAGAGAGGUGGAGUACCGUGGCCGUCAGGAGCGUCUGAUCCGGAUCAGGAACCCGUGGGGUCAGGUGGAGUGGACCGGAGCCUGGAGUGACGACUCAUCUGAGUGGAGCUCCGUUGAUUCUGCAGAGAAAGACGAGCUGCUCUGCAAGAUGGAGGACGGAGAGUUCUGGAUGUCUUUCCAGGAGUUCCUGCGUCAGUUUUCCCGUCUGGAGAUCUGUAAUCUAACCCCCGAUGCUCUGAGUAAGGACUCGCUCAGUUUCUGGACCACGACCAUGUUCGAGGGCAGCUGGAGGAGAGGCAGCACGGCCGGGGGCUGCAGGAACCACGCCAACACCUUCUGGAUCAACCCCCAGUAUAAGAUCUCUCUGCUGGAGGAGGACGAUGACCCCGAGGACGACGAGGCGGCCUGCAGCUUCCUGGUGGCGCUGAUGCAGAAGGACCGCCGCCGUUUCCGCCGCGGCGGCCAGGACACGCACACUAUCGGCUUCGCCGUCUACCAGAUUCCUGAGGAGCUCCGUGGCUGUCCCAGCGUCCACAUGAAGAAGGACUUCUUCCUGCGUAAUGCGUCCUGUGCGCGCUCUGAGACCUUCAUCAACCUGAGGGAGGUGAGCGCCAGGCUCCGCCUCCCUCCUGGAGAUUACCUCCUCGUCCCCUCAACCUUCGAACCCGCCAAGGAGGCCGACUUCGUCCUGAGAGUCUUCACCGAGAAACAGGCGGACACACAUGAGAUGGACGAUGACGUGGAGGCUAACUUCGAAGAAGAGGAGGAAAUCUCUGACAGUGACAUCGACGAUUCCUUCAGAUCCAUGUUCGCUCAGCUGUCUGGAGACGAUAUGGAGAUCUCAGUGCGGGAGCUGCGGACCAUCCUAAACCGAGUCGUGUCCAAACACCGAGACCUGCAGACGGAUGGUUUCAGCAUGGAGUCCUGCAGAGGCAUGGUCGGACUCAUGGACAAAGAUGGCAGCGCUCGGCUCGGUCUGCUGGAGUUUCAGAUUCUCUGGAACAAGAUCCUGAAGUGGCUGGGCAUCUUCCGAGAGUUUGAUCUGGAUAAAUCUGGAUGUAUGAGUUCCUACGAGAUGCGUCUGGCGCUGGAGAAUGGCGGGUUCAGACUGAACAACAAGCUGUAUCAGACUCUGGUUGCUCGCUACGCCGACAACGACAUCAUCGACUUCGACAACUUCACCUGCUGCCUCGUCAAACUGGAGGCCAUGUUCAGUAGGUUCAUGCUGCGUUCAGGGCCCCGUGUUCAGUAGGUUCACGCUGCGUUCAGGGCCCCGUGUUCAGUAGGUUCAUGUUGCGUUCAGGGCCCCAUGUUCAGUAGGUUCAUGCUGUGUCAGGGCCCCGUGUUCAGUAGGUUCACGCUGCGUUCUGGGUCACGUGUUCAGUAGAGCACUAGGUGACUUUAA